GCCCAGGAAUGCAAGCAGUCUGCAGCCCAGGACCUCAGCCGGCACAGCGCUGCUCACUGUGGGAUCACCUACAGUCCAGCCAGGGCCUGGGGCCAAGGCACGCAGCGGGGGCCCUUCCGGGGCCGCAGGCACCAGAAGAGCCUGGGGCCAGGGGAGGCGGUGCAGAUAACCGCAAGGGGAGGUAAAAAGGGAGCGACAGCAGCAGCAACUGCAGCCGCCGCAGAGGGGCGCGGCCAGGGCGGGGCGGGCCCGGCGGGGCUGUCUCCCCGCGGGGCUCACCCGGUAGCCCCCUCCCCAGCCAGUCCCUUCUCCUCUCUUUCCACUUCCGCUGCACCAGACUGGGGUAGUUGCUCUGCGGUAUGGAAGCGAAAUGCGAGCCUGGGGCUGAGUAGAGGAGAGGGAGGCGGCCCGCGGCGCUGCACUGCGCCCCGGCGCAGGAUGCGGCGGCGCUGCCAGCCGCAGCUGCAGCUGUCCCUGGGUCAGUGGCUGCGGCUGCUGUGGCUGCAGCCGCUGGCCUUCCUCCCCGUGGGCCUGGUGCAAGGGGAGGAGGUGGCGGCGUUAUCAGCACCAUGCAAAGUUCUGAAGGAAAUGGAUGUAAUUAAGAGUUCUCAAUCAGUCUGUUACUGCUACAACCGACUGGCCCAAAUGGAAUGGAAAUACAUUUGGUCAACCAUCCAGGUGAAAAUUACCAGCUCAGACAUGCUCAGCAUUGUCUUUCCCAUAGAAGAACAUGAUUGUCAGUAUCCAGAAACUAUCCUUGCUUUUAUCAAGUGUACAAUUCAUGUCUUUGGAAAACCAAAGGAAUCUAAAGAUAUGACCAUUAAUAUUAAUCCAUAUAAGAAGUCCGUGUGUUUCUAUGUGAAGUCUGCGAAAAAAAUAUUUCCCUAUACAUUGAGGGUGAAUCGAAAUAUUGUGGAUGCAAAACUCUUUCUUGUGUUUGUGACAGGGAUAUUCCUGUUCUUUAAAGCAAAGACCUUGAGUAGGAGCACUGUUUUCUAUUAUUCUGCGGGAACCGUGCUGGGCAUUCUUAUGACCUUAGUCUUUUUCCUGCUGUUCAUGAGAAGAUACAUUCCCAAGUAUAGCACCUUUGGGGCCCUCAUGGUUGGUUGUUGGUUUGCUUCGUUUUACCUCGUAUGCCAGUUAAUGGAAGAAAUAAAGUGGCUCUGGUAUGAAAACAAAACAUAUGUAUUAGGCUACAUUCUGACCGUGGGAUCCAUCAGCUUUUCUGCCUGUUAUAGACAUGGGCCCCUCGUCAAAGAAAGGAGCAUAAGUAUCUUGAUGUGGACGCUGCGGCUUUUAUCCUUGGUCAUGAUUUACUUUGGUGUCACCACAGCCCAGGUUGCCUAUGCAGUGAUGGUUCUCCUGAUUUCUUCUCAGGGUCUACAUUAUCCAUUCAGAGCUUUCUUUUGUGUGGGCAGAAAAAUCAAGGAAUAUUAUCGAUCAAAAAGGCUGGUGAUUAAGCACAUUACUGAAGAAGAAUACAGGGAGCAAGCAGAAAUUGAGACAGCCAAAGCAUUGCAGAGGUUGCGUGAGUUUUGCCACAGCACAGACUUCCCAUCGUGGUUAACUGUGUCCAGACUCCAGUCCCCAAAAAAGUUUGCAGAGUUUGUUUUGGGAGCAAGUCACCUGUCCCCUGAAGAAGUCAGAGCCCAUGAAGAGCAGUAUGGCAUCGGAGGCUGGUUUUUGGAAGAGCAGCUCUUUAGCCCUGGUGGUUCCCAAGAGCCCAGUCCACAAGAUGAUUACCUUCAGGAACAGGAAGUAGUUGAAAUGCAGGAAGUGUAUCAAAGAGAGGAGGAACCAUUGUAGGGAAAAACUACAGAUGGGUCCCAAGGGAAAGGGAAAUUAAACAUUAUAAAUAUCUUUUGUGCCGGGAAGUCAUCCUUGCUGGCAAGUUCUGCUGCUUAUUGUACUGUAGGUGGCAAGCAAGAUUCUUUGAAAGAUUCCUUCUGAGUUUCCUAGAAUGGAAAGUCUUCCUGGGAACAAUGAGAGGCUUUCUUUCUGCCCCUCAGGAGGUCAGCCAGCAUGAAGAGGUGCCUUAUCAUUGUUGCAUUAAGUCUUUCUCAUGAUCCUCACAGUGAAAGAAGCUGUCUUCUUCCAGAGAAUCUCAGUUCUCAACUAGAGGAAGAGACCACUGACAAUGUGACAGAUAAGCUUUAUAUGCCAUUCCUUAUUUGGAUUUUUCUGGUUUUAGGUGUAUUGGAUAAAGAUUGAUAAUUUUGAUAAAGGAAAACUCAUUUUCCUAUUUUUUCUAUUUUGAUAAUAUUUUCAUGGAAUGUAAUUUCAUGAUAUCAGGGUUACUUUUCAUGUUUUACUUGAAUAGUAAUAUUCAAGUAAUGUUCGAGCAUGUUUACCUUCUAAUACUCAAAUCAUUUAUUAGGGUGUUUUUUUUAUUUUUUUGAGAAAGUGUGGCAAAGUGGGUAGAGAGCUAGCCUUGAAACCAAGAUCUUGAGUCCAUCCCACCUUUUGCAUAUGCUGGUUGUGUGACCCUUGACAUGUGGACUUAACCUCUCAGGGCCCCAGGGAACUCACUAAGAGUGAAGGUAUCAUUUUGCCUUGAUAGAGGAAGCUUCCUCACAUGGGAGUUCCCUGUGCCAGUGAAAUCACAGGUCCUUACCACAUCCUAUUUUUGUAGCAACACCUCAUGGAUCCAUGGGAAAAGACCUUUGUUUUUGAUUUUAUGACAUUAAACUAGAGAGGAAGAGAAAUAAAUGACAAUAUUUUGAUAAUGAAGGGGAAGAAGCCUGGAACUGAAAAAACUGUCCACAGGCUAAUGGUCCAAUAGCACUCAUAUUGCAGCAUUAAUUCCCUUUCAGUAUUUGCCCUAGACCUUUGCUGUUCUAAAAUUCACUAACAUUUUCUUAAGCAUUCUUAGGGAAUCAUCUUAUCUGGAAGGAAGGACAAAAGGCAGGAGUGGGGUGGGGAAAAUUAAAGCUGUGUUGCAUCACUGAGCCAAGUCAGGGUAAAGUUUUGCUCUCAGUGGGUAAUGACAUAGGACUCAGAACUGGGGACUAAUGCAGAAAUGAAUUUUUAAAUGGUAUUUCUUCAGCAAAAUUGAAUGUUUCUUUCUUCAAAAUCUUUGUUUUUUUUUGAUGAUUUAAUAUUUUAUUUUUUCCCCAAUGACACAUAAAAACAAUUUUUAACAUUUGU